GAAAUUGUCAGGGCAAUGUCCUAUGUAAUUAAUCAAGGGAUGGCAAUGUAUUGGGGGACAUCACGCUGGAGUGCGAUGGAAAUUAUGGAAGCAUAUUCUGUAGCCAGACAAUUCAACCUUAUACCACCAGUUUGUGAACAAGCAGAAUAUCAUCUCUUUCAAAGAGAGAAGGUGGAAGUCCAACUGCCUGAAUUGUAUCACAAAAUAGGUGUUGGUGCAAUGACAUGGUCACCCCUUGCCUGUGGCAUUAUUUCUGGAAAAUAUGAGAAUGGGGUUCCUGAAAGUACGCGGGCAUCACUAAAGUGCUACCAAUGGUUGAAGGACAAAAUACUGAGUGAGGAGGGUCGGAAACAACAGUCCAAGCUGAAAGACUUGGUACCAAUAGCAGAGCGUCUUGGGUGCACUUUGCCACAGCUUGCAGUAGCUUGGUGCCUGCGGAAUGAAGGAGUCAGUUCUGUCCUGUUAGGUUCUUCCAAUCCAGAACAACUCGUAGAAAAUCUGGGAGCUAUUCAGGUCCUUCCAAAGAUGACAUCACAUAUCGUGAAUGAAGUUGACAACAUUUUGGGAAACAAGCCAUACAGCAAAAAGGACUACAGAUCAUAA